UGAUGUGGCGGGCCAUAUCUGGCCCCCGGGCCUUGGGUUUGACACCUACAGUAAGGUUCUCCAAAAUGGGGCGUGGUCAGCACAUGGUUGCUAUCCUCAUUUAACGUCUGCUUUAUGCUAAUUGGGCGUCAGGCUUGACCAAUAAGAAAAAGGACAUUUUAGUUGAUGGUGGGGGGGCCAAGGUCGAGGUUUUCGGUUAUUUUAAGUUUACGACAUCUCUACAAGUUGACGCAACAAAAUUGUCGAGGUACGUUUACUCAAGAUUGGUUUAAAAUUGUUAGAUUACUGUUUUGCGUGGUUGGAUGUUCCUAUUAUGGCACGAAAAUUGCCAAGGGCAGUGAUAUCACUUUUCUAACUAGCCAAAAGUCAGCCAAAAUGGCGGGCCUCGCUUUCUCCGUCGUGCGUGAAAUUAAAACAAUAGCACUUUCUGUCAGACCCAAUUCCGAUGUUGUCAUUGUUAACUUAAUUGUAAACUUGUAUCUUGUGAUUAAUUAGGAACACAAAGAGUCAAGUGGAAAGGGCGAUCAGAGUUUCAAAAUGGCAUCUGACGAGUUUUUAUUUAGCUCGUUUAUCGGUCAGGCUCGUGUCAACGGCAAUGAUGGAAGUACCUCCGUUUCCAGCCUGGGUUUUAGUCCUCAGGAAGAGGAAGUGGCGGGGUUCAAACUCUGGUCUCCCAGUGGUCACAGUGACACCAAUGAACUUAGUCAUUGUGCACGGAUCAGCAUUUGGAGCAGGAAUGACACAGAAAACAAUGAAAUUGAUGAGGUGGAUCUGCAGUGUUUAGUGGCCAACAUUUUAGAUGAAGGUGAUAAUAUCCAGAGCGGAUGCAACAAUAGUAGGAAGCCAUCUAAUGCCAACGGUCUUGGGUCUCCUGAGACUUGGAGGGAAGACAUUUUACAAUAUUGUCAACCAGCGAAUACACUUCCGAACUACGUUCCGAGUGAGCUUUUCAUUGAGUCUCAAUCGGUGUCCAAAAACGAGAUGUUCCUUCAGAAUCUCAGUGGCAUUUCUGCUAAUCCGGACUGGUUUAGUCAUGUUAACGGAGACGGAGAAAGCUAUGACAGACACCCAACGAAAUCGCCUCCAAUUUUUCCCAUCUCCAAAACGCCGAGCACCUUUCUACCACUGACACUGGAGAACAACUAUGACCUGUCAUCUGAUUAUCACCCGGCAAAUCAUCAGCUCGUUAACGACUUCCCUCAAAUCGGUGACGACUUGCAGCUCCAAUGCAAGACGAGCGGGCUAUUUUUUGAUCAUUAUGAGAGCACGACGAGUGCGGAGCCCGUUUGUGAUAAUGAGCGAUACGUGCCGGAACACAUGAACCAACUGGUUAGUGGUUUGCACGUUCUCAUGGCUGAUGAGUUUAAUUCAGGACGGUGCUUUCCAAACUUAGAACAAAAUACAGACUACCCUGAAGACAGCAUAUUUGCGCAAUGGAAAUUCCCCAGCCAGGCCAUGCCAAUAUCUCACGAAAAACAGCCAGAGGGAGAAUUUUGGGGCAGAAAUGUCAAAACAGAGGGUACGGGCUUUCACAAAAUGUCAGGAUCGGGCAAUGAGAAUUGUUUUCAUUCCCCGUCUUUCAAUCCCCCGAACCAAUGUCAGAAUAUUCAAAGAAGGAACCAGUGCUCCAAUCCCCGCUCCAAGCAAACUCAGCACAAGAUGAAAUCACAGAAGGAAAAGAAGCCGCUUGGUUGCUUUGAAGAAAGUCCGCAAAGCGCGUCGAUGCACCGAAGACCCCGCGUCGGCCACCUGCGAGGCACGGGAAGAUUUAACGGAGAAACUCCCGCUCACGUCAACUGCAACCUCGGAAGGUUCACCCGGCUGCCUGUCAAGUCUGAGAAAGACACGACGCCUCAUGAGAGCGCAUCUACCGGCAUGACGGCUGUCAGCGGGGUGUUCUUGGGUCAUCUGAAGGACGCAGAGUUGCACAAUGGAGGGAAGGACAAGGACACAGCUGUGCUGCAGAAGAAUUCAGAGGGACUUGUGAUCCAGUUUUACCUCCACCUGGAUGAAUGUUCUGAACAGUUAGGCUACCUGGAAGCGGAAAGGAAGGAGAUCGAGGUCAUCCUCGCCAAAAGAUUUCCAGUUGAAUGGACACCGCUUCUGUCUCCGCCUCCAACAUACCCGCCCGGACUUCCACUCAACUUCAGCAGACUGGACUCUCUCAUCGUUAAUCAGAAGAAGGAGCUGACCAGCGUGGAAUGGCUUUUGUACAAAAUGGAGGCCACGUGCAACACACCUCUUCACGCCUCCAUUCAUUCGGCGCUGAGCAAUCAUCGCCAGGCUUUAUCCGAAGUACAGGCGAGACGCGGGGAAGAACUUGCCAACGUGUUCAAGCGUCAGUGCUUAGAGGACAAUGUUGACGUGAUCAUCGCUCUGAAGGAGCUCGUCGUGACCACCAGGAAGCUUCGUUCCGUGCUUUGGUGUGCCUUCCAGAUGACCGCGCCUCCUCCCACCAGGAGGCAGGAAGACCAUGCCGACGCCAACAGGACGCCCUGUGCGACCCUGUGGCACUCUCUCCUGAUGGCUGCCUCCGCUUCAAGCAGGAAGCCUGACGACCACGCCGACACAAACGGGGAGGAAACACACACACAGAGGUGCCCUUACUCCGCUACCUUUUAAGCUAGCACCCGACGUGCUAAUCAAACCCCCUGUAAUAUAGCAUGUCGCUAAUAUGAGAUCAGCAGAAGAUGAGAUGAUCGCAUAGUUAAGACCUCACGGCACGAAUUGCGUACUUGCGCACGAACUGUUCAUCCAUCCAGUUUAACUUUAAUCAAGGCUCUUUCCUGAAUUCGUUUGUAUCUGUCUACAACAAAGCUGUAUUUAAAUUAACUUAUGUAAAUUCUUCAAAAUAAUUUUAGUUUAUUUAUGAUUUGGCCCAUCCAGUAUUGUCUAAAUUAUGCAGAUAUUCUGUAGGAUUCGUUUAACUUCAGAUGCAAUUUGUUUUUUCUUUUAAAACACAAAUCGAUUGAUCAUUAGUACCGUAGUAUGAAAAGUAGUUUUAAUUACUGUCAUACUACGCAGCCAAGUUGAAGCAUGCAGCAUGUCCGCCCCUGUAGUUAAAAUAUAGAAACCAAAUGUUUUAUCUUCUGGAGACGCCAAUUUGUUCUGUUAGCCAAGUCUGGCGUCAACACGUUCUGCGUCACAACCGUAGUCAUUAGCCUUUCAUAACGUUUUCCAUCCAAAAAUUCGGAUCGGUCUGGUCAUUGCAUCUUACUUAUAUACAAUCAUAAUGGUUCUUAAGUGUUUCUCCAUUUUCUACGUUUG